AUUGGUCAAGUUCCCAUCUCGACUGACUAUUUUGUUUUCAGUGCAUAUAAACUAAAUUUCACUGAAAAGUUUUGUGUAAAUGGUGAAAAAGGUGGAGUGAAGUCGAUUUAUAUAUAUUCAAAUUUCAGUAAACUUCAGUAAUUGAAUUCUUAAGAUAAGAUGUCUUCAAACAUAUUGAGUGGUGUGAAAUAUUCAGUGAAAUCGGCUGUAAGCCAUCGAAACCUUGGAGUUUUUGCUCCUUGCUUACAGAAAGCUACUGAUCCAAUUCAACAACUGUUUAUUGAUAAGAUUCGCGAGUAUAAGCAGAAGAGCAAUGAUGGAAAAAAAUUAGUAGAUCCAACACCCGAGCUUCAAAAGGAACUUAAUCAAGAAUUAGAGAAAGUGGCCAAACAAUAUGGGGGUGGACCAGGGAUAGACCUUACCAAAUUCCCCACAUUCAAGUUUGAGGAUCCAGUCAUUGAUUCAGUCAAUAUGGAAACAAAAUAAUUUAUUUAAGUUUAUUUUUGUGUAGUUAAUAAAGAUCUUUUUGAAGUAA